AUGUUGCCAAAACUUGUCUUUUUUCUCUAUUUCCUUCUCACGUUUUACACCGUAGAUCCUCGACCGUACCCUGAAGGCACUACAUGGGCCGGUUAUACUUCUGAACUGUAUGCGAACGGUCUCCCGGGUGCGCGAACGUUAGUUGUCGAUCCGGCUGGAGAUAUUCUUGUACUUGCGAGAGAUAAUGCCAUAGGGCAAAUAAUGUCAUUAUGGGAAGAUACUUUAGGAACCGUUCAAAAAUCUGUCAUUGUGCAAGCGAAUCUGGGUUUAAAUCACGGGUUGGCCCUUUAUCAAGGUUAUCUCUACGCAUCUUCGGAUACUACCGUGUAUCGAUGGAAAUACAAUGCUGCACAAAGACAACCGGUGGCUAACAUGACAUCUCCAGAAAUAGUUGUACGAGGCAUGAAUGCAAACGGACAUGGUGGAGCACCACGAGGACAUUCUACGCGAAGUUUGAUUUUCAAAAAUAACACAUUGUAUAUCAGCGUGGGGUCUAACCAGAAUGUCGAUCCCAAUUCACGCCGUGCGCGAAUCCGUAUGGUUGAUAUCCGAACAAUUCCCGCCGGUGGAUACGAUUUUUUAACGGCUCAGGUAUUCGCAGAUGGAUUAAGAAACGAAGUAGGCCUCUCGUUUGAUUUGCGCGGGAGAUUUUGGGGAGUAGAAAAUGGCGCGGAUAACUUGAAUCGUAUGAAUCUUGGUGGCGACAUACAUGAGGAUAACCCUGCCGAGGAACUAAAUCUCUUUAAUGGGACAAUUGGAACGUUUUACGGGUAUCCAUUUUGUUGGACAGAAUACAAAAUUCCAGGAGGCUUGGGGAAAGGAAGGGGAUCUCAAUGGGCAUGGCCUAGUUUUAUGAACGACGGAAUACAUACCGAUGCUUGGUGUAGAAACGUUUUCCAUAACCGUCCUCCAGUGUUAGCCCUUCCGGCACAUUCUGCCCCGCUUGGGAUUACGUUUUAUGAUGGAGAUAAUUGCGGUGGUGCGCAAAGUUUUGAUUGUUCUAUGAAGGGUGAUGCAUUCAUUGCGUUCCAUGGAUCGUGGGAUAGAAAAGUACCUACCGGUUUCAAAGUCGUUCACGUUCCUUUCACAACAAACACGAGCAACCCGAUGCCGACUGGAGCUGUUCAAGAUGUGUUUGGACAAAAGAACGCUAAAAAGAAAUGUGCAGGGAAACGAAAUUUGAGCUGCAUGCGUCCGGUAAACGCCGUGUUCAGGAAGGGUAUGAUGUUUGUUUCAUCUGAUGCAACUGGGGAGGUUAUCCGAGUUAGAAAGGAUACAGGAUAG